UGGACUACGCUUGACUUGGGUGGAAUGGGUCUCAAGAAUAUCGCACCUGCCCUCUGUCAAUACACUUUCCUAACCGCCCUCUUCCUCAACCACAACAACGUUACCUAUCUCACACCCACAAUUUCCAAGCUCGUAAAUCUCAGAACAUUGGAUGUGUCGGGGAACAAGCUGACGGCCAUCCCGCCUGAACUAGGCCUUUUGAUCCAACUUAGAGAGCUUCUUUUGUUUGACAACAAUCUUGUAACCUUACCAAGUGAACUCGGAACCCUAUACAACCUUGAGACCCUCGGAUUGGAAGGUAACCCCAUGGACGCCGAGAUAAAGAAUCUCCUGAUGAAAGAAGGUUCUCAAGCCGUCAUAAUCUCCUUGAGAGAAAAUGCACCUGUUGGUAUGCCGCCUCCUCAACGGAUGUGGGAAACAAUUGAGAGUGAUGUUUCUGAAGAACAAUCAGGUAAGAAAAAAGAGGCUAUUAUUGAUGCUUCUGCUGCUGUUUCUUCUGUUGCUGCUGUUGCUGCUGCUGUUUUGUUCACCGUGCUUUGUUACAAUAUCUUGUCUCAAAGAUAUGCAACAAGUCAAGCUUAUGGUUACACACCUUCAUGGGCACUCAAUGGCGAAUAUCGCAAAGAUCUCUUGCUGAGAGAGAUUAGUGGUUGUAAUGCAGAUGUUAUCUGUCUUCAGGAAGUGGAGAUGGCUCUUUACGAGGACGUACUUGUGGAAUACUUCAAGGAAGCAGGCAACUAUGAUGGCGUAUUUUACCCAAAGUCACGAGCACGGACCAUGUCUGAAAAGGAACAGCGAGCAGUGGAUGGCUGUGCGACGUUUUAUAGGGCAUCAAAAUUCAAUUUGGUUGAAAACUCUUUACUCGAAUACACUUACCAUGCACUCCAGAGAUCUGAUUUCAAAAAAACAGCCGAUAUUUACAACCGUGUGAUGACCAAAGACAACAUUGCCAUUUUAACGAUGCUGGAGAACAGGGACACACUUGAACGUGUGCUGGUAGCCAAUUCACACAUCCAUUGGGACCCGUCGUUUGCAGAUGUGAAACUUGUUCAGGUCGGUAUGUUGAUGGACCAGAUCGAAGCUUUUGCUACCAAGCACCUCCAGCCUCCUGCAACAACAGCAACUACAUCUGCUGAUGGCAGUAGCAAUGGUAGUGGUAGUGGUAGAGUCUAUGGAUCGACUUCCAAACUACCGACCAUUAUCUGUGGUGAUUUCAACUCUGUGCCUGAUUCGGGUGUGUACGAAUUUUUAUCAAAAGGAUCAGUGCGUCAGGAUCACGACGAUUUUGGAGACCACAUCUAUGGAAACUACACCACCGACGGACUCUCGCACAAACUUUCUCUCAAGAGUUCUUACAGCCACAUAGGAGAACUUCCUUUCACCAACUAUACACCCACAUUCAAGGGAGUUUUGGAUUAUAUCUGGUAUUCCAACAACACUCUUGAUGUCAUCUCACUUCUUGGAGCAAUCGACAAAGACUAUGUCAGCAAGGCUGUUGGUUUCCCAAAUGCUCAUUUCCCAUCCGACCAUAUUCUUAUCAUGUCAGAGUUUAAGUUUAGACCGCCACGCCGGGAAGCAGAAGAGGCCAAGUUUAACUCUACCUCAAAG